AUGGAUCUGAAACUUUUUGCACACUUCCUCUCGUUCCUUAGCUCUGCGGAGCUGAAGGAGUGGCUGGCCAAGGUGUACGAGGUGAAGGACCCCAACUGCAUCUUCCUGUUCAAGUUCCACACCCACUUCGGAGGCGGCAAGUCCUCCGGAUUCGGUCUCAUCUACAACAACCUCGAGUCCGCCAAGAAGUUCGAGCCCAACUACACGCGCACGCCGGAGGAGGACGCCGAGAGGCGCCACCACCACAAGGAGAAACGGAGGGCCCUGGCCAAGAAGACGCCCUCCGGCGUCGCCUGCUGCAACGGCAGUGAAAAUUCGAUGCCAAAUCACACCUGA